UGCUGGCCGGCUGGUGCUUGCAUCGCUGCUCAGAUCUUUAAAUUGGCAUGUUCCUGUUUGAGGAUCACGAGUAGCUUGUGUACGUUCGCGCUGAGAAGCUCGUUGCAGAUCGAAGAAGCUUGUAAAAGGCGUUGCUCAUUAAAUAAGGUGAAUAAUCAGCCAUGGCACGUACCAAGCAAACGGCUCGAAAGUCUACCGGUGGUAAGGCACCCAGGAAGCAGCUCGCUACCAAAGCGGCGCGUAAAAGCGCGCCGUCCACUGGUGGCGUUAAAAAACCGCAUCGCUAUAGACCUGGUACUGUAGCUCUCAGAGAAAUUCGAAGAUACCAAAAGUCGACGGAGUUGUUGAUCAGGAAAUUACCUUUCCAACGUUUGGUGCGUGAAAUUGCCCAAGACUUCAAGACCGAUCUGCGUUUCCAGAGCGCAGCUAUUGGAGCUUUGCAAGAAGCGUCGGAAGCUUACCUGGUUGGUCUGUUUGAAGAUACAAACUUGUGCGCUAUUCAUGCGAAACGCGUCACUAUCAUGCCAAAAGAUAUUCAGUUGGCACGACGAAUUCGUGGCGAGCGUGCUUAAAUUUCAUGCAAUAACAUCAGUUUUUCUCAUUUUAUUAUCAUUUGGAUAUUGUAUGUUUUUGAACAGUCUAAAAGCUUAACUUUCUUCCAUGUAUAUUUACUAUAGUUGAUACACUGCCAACUGCUGUAAUAGAUGCCAGAACAGAAAUGAUGAAUGUGUUUCUGUUGUGCUCCAUAAUUUAACGAGGCACAAUCAUGAUAUACACUGAUAAAAAUGUAGACAAAAAAAAAUGAUGUAUUUUUUGUUUUUAAGAAGAAAAUUAAAUCAUUGCAAAAUCAA